UUCUCUCUCUCUCUCUCCAGAAAAGCACCGGGGAUUUGCCUUCAUUGAAUUUGAGCUGGCAGAGGAUGCGGCGGCAGCUAUUGACAACAUGAAUGAGUCUGAGCUCUUCGGCAGGACAAUUCGUGUGAACUUGGCCAAACCAAUGCGAAUUAAAGAAGGAUCAUCCAGGCCUGUCUGGUCGGAUGACGACUGGCUGAAGAAGUUUUCGGGGAAGACUCUGGAGGAGAACACAGAGGAGGCAGGAGCAGAGGCCCCCAAAACAGAAGUGCAGGAGGGUGAGCCUCCUGCCAAGAAAUCCCGGGUCAACCCUCAGGUUUACAUGGACAUCAAGAUCGGAAACAAACCUGCGGGGCGGCUGCAGAUCCUCCUGCGCUCAGAUGUGGUGCCCAUGACCGUAGAGAAUUUCCGCUGCCUCUGCACCCACGAGAAAGGCUUCGGCUUCAAAGGGAGCAGCUUCCACCGCAUCAUCCCCCAGUUCAUGUGCCAGGCUGGCGACUUCACCAACCACAACGGCACCGGAGGCAAAUCCAUCUAUGGGAAGAAGUUUGAUGAUGAAAACUUCAUUCUCAAACACACGGGGCCAGGGCUGUUAUCGAUGGCAAACUCUGGCCCAAAUACCAACGGCUCCCAGUUCUUCAUCACUUGUGAUAAAACGGACUGGCUGGACGGGAAGCACGUGGUGUUCGGGGAGGUGACGGAGGGCAUGGACGUGGUGCGGCAGAUCGAGGCUCAGGGCACCAAAGACGGGAAACCGAAGCAGAAAGUGAUUAUCUCGGACUGCGGGGAGUGCCCGUGAGCUCGGCUCUUGGAGGGGGCUGGAUGGGGUGAGCCUGGCCAGGAGGGGCCGGCGAGCUGGCUGGGGUGGGACAGCCCUGCGACCCCCCAGCGGUGCCCAGCUCCCACGGCUUCUGUUGAAAUUCCCCUGUAAAGCUUGGUGUGAACGUGCCUGCGGACAGCGCUGCGGGGGGUCUGACCCACCCGAGGAUAAAUCGCUUUUCAGCCUGCGCCAUCCUGUGCUGCCCCGAGCGGGGCAGGGCCAGUUCUGCUGCUGUGUUCUGAAAAGACUUUAUAUUAGGUAAAAAUAAAAUCUAGUUUUAAAAAUA